AUAAGGAAAUUAAGGAAAAGGGUGCAACUCAAAUAAACAUGGACUUAAACAAACACAUACACAAACACUCCACUGCUGCUGAGGACGUCCCCCUCGCCGAGGGACAAUCCCGUCCUUUACGGGGACACAGAGGACCCCUUCACUCACUCGCUCGCUCUCUAACACUGCGGGACUGUGGGAGACGUUUGGAGUUGAGGAACUUCAUCAAACUCUGAAAACCCAUACAGCAUACAACCGAGCAGCAGCUACAGAAUUCACUUAAAACUUCAUCUGCUGCAUUUAGAAGAAGAUUUAGAAGAAGAAAUCUUGCUUUUUGGACAUCUAACUUUGGACUGAGGUUCUUGCAGAAGCCUGCAGAGGCUCCUCUAAAGCUCUAGGUUGUCUAAAAUCAGCUUUAUGGACCAUAGACUGGGGAAGUACGUGACGACUACAUUCUUCAGAGAUUCAGCUGGUGCAUCUUUGGACAUCUUGGACUUGGAUUAAUGUUCUUGCUUGCAAUAACCUCACAGGGCUCCUCUACAAAAUCUACAGGGUUUAACUCAAGGUUUAGAGUUGAGGAACCUGAGAAACACUGAAAAACAAAGCUUGGAGAACUUCUCAGAAGGAUAUGGCUUAUGACUUUAAUAGCAUAAUUUAACGACUAUAAUCUCAUAAUAUUACUACUUCAGUCUCGUAAUUUUACAACCUUAGUCUCAUAGUAUUAUCACAACUUUAAUCUCGUAAUAUUACGACUUUAAUCACAUAAUAUUAUAACAACGUUAAUCUCAUUGUAUUAGUACAAAUUUAUUCUCAUAAUAUUAUUACGACUUUAAUCUUACAGUACUUUAAUCUCAUAAUAUUACAAAUUUAAAUUUGUAAUAUUAAGACUUCAGUCUUGCAAUAUUACGACUCUAAACUCAUAGCAUUAUUAAGACUUUAAUCUUAUAGUAUGUUACAACUUUAAUCUCAUAAUGUUACGACUUUAGUCUCUGAAAAACGAAGCCAGAAAGAUAUAACCUAAACCAACAACAAUCAAGCAUAGAAGCUGCAUCUUUGAACUUCAGCUGGUGAAUCCAGAGAAGAACCUUUUGUACAUUGAGAUUCUUGCUGAAACAUCUUUUUGAGACUGUUUUUAGGUUAUAUUUGAGAGGAAACAACUACUGCUUUGUGAUGAUUGAUGCUUGAACUUAAAACAAUUAAAUUUAAUAGUUGCAUGGAACCUGUGGUCUUCCACAGGUCUUCUACCACAAUCCCAGUCCUAGUUUUACUCCAUGUUUGAUAAAACUCCACUAGAAGGACCAAUGAAACAAUCAGAAUGCUCCCCACUGGACCAGUCCUGGACGUCCUGCCUGAAACGUCCCCCUUGUCUUCGGAUCAACACUCUGGAUUUCUCAGAUCUUUGGGAUGAAGAGGAUCUAGAGCAGGACGCCGCAGAUGACGACUCUUCCAGUGGAAAUGCUUCACCCAAUCAGAGCCCAGGACACUGUUUGGACUCUCUGAAACCGCCCCCAGCGCCACCGCUGGCUCCGCCCCCUCCGCCGGCGAGUCCAGGAGCUCCGGAGUCGAGCUGCCGGACGCUAAAGCUCCACUGGAGGGAGCUGUUGAGUCUGCAGCCGCUGCCCAGAGUCAGUCGCUUUGGGCCACAGUCGAUCUGGGCCGGUCUGGAACCCGUGCAUCUCGACACCAACAGACUGGAGUUCCUGUUCGAGAGUAAGACCUGCAGCUCCAAGACCUUCUCCUGUCUGACCAACGGAAAAAAGCAGAAGCAGUCGUGUGUUUCUGUUUUGACUCUGAAGCGAAGUCACAUCAUCACCAUCGCCCUGAGCAGCCUCCCCCCCCCUCACCUGCUCCCACCUGCCCUCUACAGCAUGGACUCCAGCGUCCUCGACAGAGAGGACGUCCAGAGGCUUCAGUCGCUGAUUCCCUCAGACGAGGAGCUGAAGAUGAUAAAACAGGCUAAAGCUCAGGCCCCCCACUGCCCCCUGGCUCCGGCUGAGCAGUGCCUCCUCAUUCUGGGCAGCGUAACUCACCUGAGCUCCAGGCUUCAGCUCUGGGCCUUCGCCCUGGACUACGACUCUCUGGAAAGGGAAAUUGCGGAGCCUCUCUUUCAUCUGAAGCUUGCAAUGGAGCAGCUGGCAGCCAAUCAGACGUUCCGAUGCAUUCUUGCAACAGUGCUGGCCAUCGGUAACUUUCUAAACGGAUGCAAAGCUCGGGGGUUUGAGCUGAGUUACCUGGGGAAGCUCUCUCAGGUGAGAGACACACACAGCCGCCAGCCGCUGCUGCACCACGUCUGUGUUUUACUGCUGCAGAUUUACCCACAAUCCUCUGAUCUGUACUCCGACAUCACCGCCGUGACCCGCGCCAGCAAGUGUGAUUACUCUCAGGUCCAGACCAACCUCGCUCAGCUGGAGAUGCUCUGCAAAGCAUCCUGGGAGCAGCUGCGUCUGCUGGAGAAGGAUGGAGAGGGGAGGAAGGGUGGAGGAAGAGGAGGAAGAGGACGAGUGGAGGAGAGGACGAGUGGAAGCGAGGGAUCACUGCGUCUCAGGUUGCCUCAGUUUCUGAAGGAGUGCGGGGAGCGGCUGAAGGUCCUCAGGGCCGUCCAUCGCAGGGUCAUCAACAGGUUUCACUCGUUCCUGCUGUAUCUGGGCUACUCUCGUGCCAUGGUGAGAGAGACGAGUGCGGACGGGUUCUGUAAGACGGUCAGUGAUUUUGCUCUGGAGUACAGGGCAACCCACAACGCUAUCCUGCAGCAGAGAGAGAGGGAGCAGGAGAGAGAGAAAGAGCGAGAGAAGGACCAAGAGAGAGGACGAGAAACCUCCACUCCUAAAUCCAAACCCAAGCCUCUACAAAGCCCAUCUCAGGAUAAUGAUGAUCAGUCCAAGUUGGAGGAGGUGUUAAAAACACCAACAGCAUCUUCUCGCUUUGACUUUACUGCCCCCCGCCAUCGCAGCAAGACCCCCAACGCCAGAGGUUCUCUCUCUCGGAGGCUGAAGUGGUGAAGGAAGCUCGGUCACUGUCGGGGAAAUCUUCUGCAUGUUUCAGUUUUAUUGCAGUUUUAAGUAAAAGCUAAAGAUAGAAACUUGAAAUUGACGUUGCAUGUUUUCAGUCUAAAACACUGUUAGAACUUGAAUCUUCCUUUUAUCUUGAUCCUCUUUUUUAUUUAUUCCUCCUUUUUUAGUGAUUUAUCUUUUAAGUAAAAUAAAAAUAAAUUGAA